UGACAACACCCAGGCAGAUGUCAAGUGUCAAACCUUACAGACUUCCUAGUCAGCCAACCAAUUCAACAUAUAUUUCGUACCAUACGGAGCUCUCUCUUCUGAAUAUAUUUCUUAGCAAUGGAUCUCUCUGAACUGGAAACCCAAUACAAUUGGCGCAGGUCCGCUUUUGGCAUGCGCGAAGAAUCUUUCGAGAGGCCAUGGAAAUACUACUUCAACGGUCCUACCGAUCCUGUCCAGCUCUUCCAGUGGAUAUUAUCCUUGGAUCUGCCCAUGUUGGAGGACGAGACACCGCCCCCGAGUUUCUAUUACGAUUUGGUGGAGACGAAGGGCAUUAAACUGGACCGAAGUGUUUACAGCGGAAAGCUUCUCGUAACCCUCGGUAGUCAGACAGUACAGCCAGAAGAACCGAGGCAGGAACUCCCGAAUCCGAUACCGUUGACAGCUGAGGACUUGGAGCCGUCAACAUCUCGGGGCAUUAAGCCAUUAACAUCUGGCGCAAUUGAAGAUAAAGUACCAUCACCUUCUGCAGAUAUGAAAUCAGAACAACUAAAUUCUGCAGAACCAUACCUUCACGAUGAUACAAUGUCAUCUUAUUCCGGAGACACCAUACUACCAUCGCCCAGAGAUAUAAAGCCCCCAAUGUUGGUGGAAAUGGGAACUGGUCCCGACGAGGCAUACCAGCCCAAGUUGACGGAAAUCGGAACUUGUACCGAUGAGGCAAAGCUGCCCGAGUUAGUGGAAACGGCAUCUGGUUCCGAUACAGUUGCGACAGAGGAUUUAACACCGCCAGCUGAGGAGCAAUAUCCACCGAACCAUCUAUCGAUGGGCUACUUCAUUAAGACGGCCGUCCUGACGAUUUCCGUGCUGCACACCCUAUAUGUACUGUGCAAGAUCGCCUUCGGGCCAUCCAUUGCCUAUGGCUGGGAAACCUGGAUUGCUCCGCCGCCCAUCGAGGAGAAACCCCUAUCCUUUCCCGCCAGCAUUUGGCAACUUGUGCUCGACAAACUGACGGAUCUGCGUAAUCUAUUCGCCUAACUCCGCUCCUGGGAUCGCAAACAUUGAUAGUUUCGAUCCGAGCGGGCUAUUUAUAAACCCCAUCCAGCUAUUUUUACGCCUCAUCGCGACUCAGCUAUGGUUCCAGUUGCAGUUACAAUUCCAUUCGAUUUCUUCGCCACCGACAUCCAUCCACUGUCUAUUUUGUUGUUGUACCCGUUCUUGGCGACGCCGGAGAUUACGAGAAACACGAAGUUCCCGAAUAUUCGGAAUGCUGUUGUUGUGUACCCAAGAAUAAGCGAUAAGCCUCGAAACCUACACGAAUCUCGGUCAAUAGCUCACCGAUCAGAUCAGAUCUAUAGCCAAAUAAAUACCAAGCUGAGUCCCCGAUUUUAAA